AUGGGGAGGCUUCCAUCUCGGCGACAGGUUGAGAAGGGGAAGGGCCUGCUUACCCCGCUUGCCUCACCUGUGCUCGCCAAGGCCCUUGCUCCAGGGGCACGCGUUGUCUUAGUCGGGCCUCACGCUGCUGGUGCCGGGCGGGAGCCCGCGGAGGCACUCCUGGGGCCGGUCGUCGUGGGCGGACUGCAGGUGUCCGUGUUCCCGCAGACGUACCAGCGGCUCCUUGUCCGAGCUCAGGACCUGGAAGCCCCCCAGCUGGUGGUGCUUUUCCAUCCAGGUCUCGACGUGCACUACUUCGCCUGGUACCCGUGCCUCAGGCAUUGGGCAGAGACUCGGGUUCCGGUGCUCAUCACGGCCUACCGGGUGCCAGGAGGUCUGGGCGAGACCCCGCAGACCGUGCAGACCUUCCUCGAGACCCUCGUAGGCACGGGCGGCGGUGCCGGCUUGUGGGUGAUCGAGGAGGAGAAUCCCCACCGCGCCGACGACGGCGCUUUCAAUGCAGGCUACUUCGUGACUCUCGGCUCGCAAGGGGCGCUCCCACCGCUGGCCGAGGAGAUGUACUGGCCCCUCUUCCAGGCCCUGCAGAAGAUCGGCCACCCCUUCGCACCUCGAGUAGGCUAUUUGGACCUGGAGAACGAGUCCAGCAAGGUUUCUCCAGACAAUCUGAGCUUGCUGUCGGCCAUUGCGGAGGCCAAACCUGCGAAUCCCCCUCCCCUCCUCCUCGGGAAGCUCAGGCCCUAG